GGACGGUCGACACUCGAGUCGUUGGUGUCGGGUGUGUUGUUCGUCGAGUCGUGUGUAAGACUCCACCGCACCUCCUUCACCUCCAGCAAGUACCGAAGAGGCCGGAGAAGGCAUGCAAUAGUUGAAUUCCCUCAGAGAACCCGAUCGCCAUCGCGUUCAGUCCCAGUGCCCGGAAAAGUGUGCCGAGUCACCAUCGAUCCAGUGCAGUGAAAGUGAAUGUACACACGAAUCACGGGUGUGAUCUCGGUUGCAAAAAAAAAUAAAACGAAGAAGUCGUCCCUCGUGAAGAAUUGAAAGCAAAGCGGCGAUCACCAUCUAGCCGUAGUUUUGGUUUUUCUUUUUUUUUGCUUUUUUUUUGUUUGUAAAAAACCCCUCAUCGAAGGUUCAUCACCUUCGACGACGACGACGACGACGGGGGUUCGUCGCUUCCUGUCAAGUCUUUCGAUUCUCGCUCGAAAACGAAACCUCUCUCCGGCAUUAUUCCUUGAGCUGCGUGUGCGACCGCAGUGACCGCAGAACAGGAGUGUGAGAGAGAGAGAGAGACAGGCUGGGGUGAGAACGAAGUGCGCCGUGUGAGACAGAGCGAAAGAGAGAGAAAGAAUCGGAGAGAGAGAAUCUUGGAAGUAAAAGUGAAAAGCGCGUCACGGAGUGUCGUUCCGCGGCGGAGUGUUUCUUGGAAUUCCGGAUCGCGUUCCGCCCCUCAGGGGCAGCAGACACACACACACACACACCAGGAACAGCAGCCGGUGGUCAGCAGCAGCAGCAGCAGCAUCCCGGGGAUCGGCCUCGGGCUCAUUAUCGAGCGGUGCGGAGCCGCCGCGGCAACCGCGGCGUCAUCAUCCAUUAACCGCAGGCGCAACAGAGUGCUCCGACUGCCGACUGAAUGACUGGAGCAGGCAGUGCCGUAUGAAAGAUGAUCGUCAGGAUCGAUGGUCUGAACGAUUUGGUGACAACAAGCAGUCACAGCAUCGUGCAGCUUCGAGCCGUAAGCAACGGAAAGUGCCGCGAAAGUAGAACGAACUAGUGUGCGCAUCGAACGUGCGGAUAGAGAGUAAGAGGUCUGCAGCACGGUGCAGAAGUAAGAAGAACUUUUGCUUCUUACAGCAGUAUAGUCCAGUAGGCAAUACACAACAAGGUACCGGUGCCAUGACGCUGACAAGGCACAGGUAUUGGCCGCACUCGCUGCGCCGAUCGAUCCCGCACCUAACCAGUAGCCUAGCGGUGUUGCUGCUCAUAGUAACCGUAUGCCUCUGUACGGCAUACUCACAGAGUCCGGCCGAUGAGCGGACAGGCGGAUGUAGUUCCCCACAAGACUGUGCCCGUGCCACCACCACCACCACCGAUGGCCAGAGCAAAUCGAAACGCUCCGCACUGCCCAUCAUGAACGACUACACGCCGUACGGUGCCAGUAAGGAUCUGUUGGUGGCCUUCAACACAAACAGUGUGCAGCAUGACGAUGGGACGGGCCCAUCGGGAAAGGGCCGCAGUGGCAAGGAUCUGCUCGAUGAAUCAUACCACCGGACGAAGGAGCUGGCGAUGAACAUCUCCUCCGUGCAGCGAGCCGUGCUCGCCUCCCAGCAGGCCCGGAUACAGGCCGCCCAGAACAAUGGUGGACGGCAGAACUCGAACCCGGACAUUCAGGACAUCAUUACCGGGAUCGUGAAGCUGCUGAACGGGAACGUAAACGUCCAGGCUAACCCGCAGCCAACGCGACGCCAUUCGGCGACCCGGAUCAACAACCGAGGUCCACCGCGCAUAUCGGAAGCACAACCACUACCGAACGAGUACGAGGGAGAGCUGGGUGUUGGUCAACAGCCACCAUCCACGAGGCCUCUGCCACACGAUCAGCAACAGCAGCAACAGCAACAGCAGCAGCAACAGCAGUCGUCACCCGGUGCGCAAGGACCACGACCGGACCAUCCGGUACGUCCAUUCCUGACCGGCGUCCCGAUCCCGGAACAGAUCGUACCCUCGAUGCAGCACACCUACCGACCCGGUUUCGUGUCCCAGAAUCGGCCACCGUGGCAGAGGCCAAAGCCCCGGCCACCGAUCUCACCGAAUCGACGUCCGAUUCCACCGUACAAACCGUAUCCGACCAACGUCGACUAUCGGCCGGACGGUGUGGAAGGAUUACCACCGCCCCCUCCCUCACCACCUCUCACCAUCCCUACCAACGGAGGAGGUGAUCCGGGUAAUGCCAUCGACAACGUGACAGAGAAAGUGAUCGAAGAUCCGCCGUACGAUGCCCUAGCGCCUGGUGGUGGUGGUGGUGGUGGUGGUGGGUACAGCGGCUAUCCAACAACGGCGGCCACCGACGGUGAUACCGAUGAGGAGUCAGCCGUUACGACCGAAUCGACGCUAGUGAUGCCACAGGACUCCAAGGAGUCCUCGAGCUCAAGUGCGGCGCCUACCUCGACGGAGGUACAGUACACGAUCGAGUCGGCAACGAGUGCGGCAAGCGUAAUGCCGGCACCUGGCUCCUACGAUCCUGAGGUAGUGCCCAGCGUGUACGAGAUCAAUUCGAUCGAGUAUCUCCCAUCGAGCGGUGUACUGGAGGCAACGACCACAACCACUAGCACGUCGCUACUAACUACCAGCAGCUCAUCCAUCGAACCAUCGUCGAGCAGUACCGAGGCGGAUCGUUAUGAGAUCACCCCGACACCGACACUAGACUCCAGUAGCAGUACAUCACUGCGAACGACCCCGGACCUCACGACAACGGUGACCACGAGUGAAGCAUCUGCUUCUGCUUCCUCCUCGAUUACUCCAACGACCACAACGACGAAACUACCAACGAAUAGUGGAGCAACGAAACCCUCAUCUCCUCCUCCGGAUUAUCGCUUCCAACCACGACCGGGACUCGUGCUGGAUGAUCCGGACUUUAAACCGGGUGGCGGUGUUGGCGGUUCUAGUAAUACCAUCCGCACCCAAAACCUACCGCCCUUCAGCAAUCGUCCGGAGAUCUAUACGGCGCCACCGCCUCCCGGCAGCGGCAUCCCCGGUACCAACGCGCGUCCCAACUAUGGUGAGAUCUUUGACGUUACGCUAUCGGCCAUCCAGGGACCGGGUGGAUCCGGUGGUACCGGAUCACAGCAAACGAUCAAGAUCAACCCGUACUACAAUCGGCCACCGGGCUCGGUGCAGGCUCGGCCGGAUGAUGGCGAAGCCAGCAUCAUCCUGUCGGCCUCCGGUACCGACGGUUUUGUCUCGAUCGAUGGUAAACGCUCGUACAUCGAUCUGUUCGGUACGCAGACCGAUAAGAAGCAACCAGCACCGACGGUGACGGCCGGUGGACCGAUCGUACGCCCAACGGAACGUCCUAGGCCCUCGAAGGUGCCAUCACCGCUACAGCCCGGUAUCAUCGGUACGGGGUACGCAGUGCCAGAGACGGAAUCACCGGUCCAUGCAUCGCCUAAUGCCGGUGGCGUAGGCUCGCCAGGUGGUAGCUCCGGUGGCCAUCGUGUCGGUCCUGGUGGUCUCGUACACAGCAGCCGGCCAAAGUACCCAGGUGGAGCGGCUGCUGCUGCUGCUGGUUUGCCUCCCGUGCGUAUCGAUACCUGCAUCGUCGGUGAUGAUUCGACGUGCGAUCAGGCCCAGAACGAACGAUGCCGGACGGAGAACGGUGUCUCGAGCUGUCACUGUCGGCCAGGGUAUGCCCGGCGGAAGCACCGGGAGCCGUGCCGUCGUAUCGUUUCGCUGAUGUUGUCGAUGCGCGUGGACAAGAUCUACGAGCGGCGCAUCCACUGGGAUCCGGCGUUGGCCGAUCGGGGUAGCGAGAAGUAUCAGCAGCUCAGCUACGAAGCCAUCCGUGCGAUGGAUUCCGCCAUGUCGAUGACACCGUUCUCGGACGAAUUUCUCGAGGCACGCAUCAACGGCAUCUACACGAUCAACCCGUCGUCCUCGGCUGCCCCAUCGGCCGGUGUCGUCUUCGUCAACUAUACCGUAAAUCUGGACGAAAAUGCGGAAACGCUACGACCGGCCCUACGAUCCGACAUCCAGCGUCAUCUGCUGGGCGUGAUCCACCGUCGUAACAACAACAUCGGCAACUCGGCACUGUACGUCGAGGCACCGACCGGUGCCGUGUCGAGUGUGCAGGACGUAGACGAGUGCACGUCGGACGAGCUGAACGAUUGCGACGAGGAAGCCCACUGUACGAAUCUGUUCGGAACGUUCCGGUGUGAGUGUAACUAUGGGUUCCGGGAUCCGUGGGCAGAUCAACCGCAGCGGGCCGGUCGCGAGUGCCUGUCCUGUCCGGAGUCGUACUGUAACAACCGGGGAAGCUGCAGCUACGACAACGCCAACAAUCGCCAGGUGUGCAAGUGUCUUGGUAGCUUCUACGGCACGCAGUGUGAGAUCGAUGGUGAGGUACUGGGUGUUGCGGUCGGCGCAUCCGUCGCUGCCGUCGUCAUUAUCGUGCUGACGCUCAUCUGUUUGGUCAUGUGGAGUCGAAAGUGGCAACGAGAGCACAAGAACGCGAUGGGCAGUCCGGUGUUUGGUUAUCUCGGUAAUGGGCAGGUAAAGACACCGGUCAUGGGCCAGGCACCGUACCAGGUGACGCUCGAGGAUCGUAUGCGGUGGGCACAGAUCGCGGACGUAAUGGCUCAAGCGAAUCAUUACGCGGUAAGCUACGAAGCCGAACCAGUCGGUGGAGGUCGUCCAGCUUCCGCAAUGUACGGUUACCCGAACCUGCAAACCAUCGGUAGUAUGAACACACUCUCGCUGCAUGGUACACUACCGAUGCACACCGGAACACUGCCACCGGUUCCAUUGCCAAGAACCCUUGGACUCAAUCGAAACGGCAUGCGAACGCUAGAAAAUUCGAGCUCCAGCGAAGAGGAGGAUCGUGCCGAUCUUCUGGGACGCAAUUUCAACGUGCCAAGACCCAAAAGUCGUAGCAAUGCAAGCGUUACGUCCGGUAUUUACUACGACGUGGACUACGCACCAACCGGUGCCGAGCAGCUGUACGGAGGCAGUACGCUCGGUGGCACGAUAGGCGUUGGACUUGGCAGCUCGAUUGGACAGGCAGGUGGUACGACCAAAUCGCAAAGCAGCAUACCAAUGAGCACAUACACCUCCAGUGGCCGACCCACACAAUCCACGUACUACAAAUAGUAGCCCUUGGCCUUGCGGGUGUCUGUGUAUCCACCCCGAUAAUGGAUUUCUGUUACUCAUUCCUCGAUCAAUGGCCACAAGGCGAGCGAAGCCAGAAGCAUUAUCGCUCGCUUCCGGAUGAUCUGCUCUCCACGGACACAAAACACGGCAAGCGACAAGUGAAACAGCAAAGAUUGUGCAAAUGUAAAUAGUAGUAAAGCAAAGCGUACUUUGGUAGUCUGAUUUAUGUGUAUAGUGUAGCUGGUAGUAGUAGCGAGGCAAAAUGCGGUGCCGAUAACAGAUAAGAGGAUGGUGAGUUUAGGGGAGAAAGUUUUCGAUGAUCGAAAAUGAAGGAAGAAGAAUUGUAAAAAUACAAAAAAAAUUAAAGCCCAUUGACCCAUUCCAAUUGAUGUGAUCGCCCCCAGUGAGCGAGGACGCAGCGAACGAAUAAGCGAACGAAUAGAACGAAUCAAUAAAAGUAGGCUUGUGUAAUA